AAUCUUCAACAUCAUGAACAGCCAAGGUGUAAUAUUAGACGAUCUGUGGUAGAUUUGCAAUGUAAAUUACAGGAAUUACAAGCAGAAAGAGAUAGCCUGAUGAAUCUCAGAUUUAAAGAAAGUCAGGACCAGGGAGAAUUGAUAUGCAAGCUACACAACACAGUGCAAGACCUUGAAACAGUUAAUCGUAUGCAAGAUGAUACUGUUCGAGAUGCAAACACUCAAAUUGAGCAACUGAGGAAAAAGAUACAUAUCUACGAUACAGUGCUAAAUGAUAUCCAUCAAGCAUUGUUGCAUUAUGAGGAGCGCACUGGCAAGAAAAUAUAUGAACAUGAAAAUCUGUCUUGCCUUCAUGUCCAGAAUAUGGGCACAGCGGUGGAUAAAAUCCUGAAAGACGCAAAUGCUGACAUUUCCUACCUCAAAGGUAGACUUGGCCCAGUAAGUGAUUGUCAGAUUUCAUUAGACAUUAACUUCCUGUCUGCUGGAUCGUUGUUGGGGGCUCUGGUACGGGUUGCUUCUGAAAAAAAUACCAGUUGCUAUAU